GUAGAAUUGAAUGAUCGAACACACGACACUCUCAGACAACGGCACGUUGAUGUGACUACAAAAGAUAAACUCGACUCGUGAUAUAGCGUUGACUGCAUGAGAACACAAAAUCGUGUGUACAAUUGAGAUCUCCAGGUUUCCACAUCGAAAUGGCGGAUCUAGCAGUCGUCGAUGCCCCGCCUGCUGCCAAUGAGGAUAAGAAAAACGAACAACAACAAAUUGAUCCUUACAAUGUUUCAGGAGGAGUCGAUGAGCACGGAAACGUCAAAGCAAUCGAUUAUGAUCGUUUGAUCCAGGAAUUCGGCGUGCAACCGCUCACAGAAGAGCACCUCAAACGAUUCGAGCAAGUGACAGGAAAGCCCGCACAUCGGUUGAUGAGGAGAAAGUUGUUUUUCUCACAUCGGGACUUCGACAAGAUUCUGGACGCGUACGAGAAGCAUGGCACUUUUAUGCUCUACACGGGUCGAGGACCCUCCAGUGGGAGCAUGCAUCUCGGACACACCGUCCCAUUUCUGUUCACCAAGGAAUUACAAGAACUAUUCGAUGUGCCGUUGGUCAUCAUGUUGACUGAUGAUGAGAAGUAUUUGCACACACGCAAUAAGAACAAAGGGACGCAACCCAAGGGUAAGGCACUGGAAGACUUCCUUGCCUUUGCACACGAGAACAUGAAAGAUAUCAUUGCCCUGGGUUUCGAUCCGAAGAAGACAUUCAUUUAUACCGACUACGAGUAUCUUGGAGGCCACUUCUAUUGGAACACUUCCGAGUUCGAAUCGUUGGUGACGCUCAAUCAAGCCACAGGGGCCUUUGGAUUCGGCGAGAGCACCAACAUUGGGUUGAUCGCCUAUGGCGCCAAGCAAUGUGUUGCAGCAUUCCCCUCAUCGUAUCCCGAUCUGUUCGGCUACAAGGAUUACCGUCCACCAGAGUUCGACCAAGCGGCGAAACGACGGCACAAGGCGUUAUCCAAGAUCCCCACCCUCAUUCCGUGCGCCAUCGACCAGGAGCCAUAUUUCCGCGUACUGAGAGAUCGCUGCGAACGGAUGACGGACCCGCAUCCCAAGACAUGUCUGAUCCUCUCCAAGUUUCUCACGGCCUUGCAAGGACCCGGAGGCAAGAUGAGCGCAUCCGAUGAGAACUCGGCGAUUUUCAUGUCCGACACGCCCGCACAGAUCAAAAACAAGAUCAACCGCCACGCCUUCUCAGGAGGAAGAGAGUCCCUCGAAGAACAUCGCAAACACGGAGGCAAUCCCGAUGUCGAUGUCGCGUAUACCUACCUCUCAUAUUUCUUGGAGGAUGAUGCAGAGUUGGAAGGAAUCGCGCAGAAAUACCGAAGCGGGGAGAUGCUCACGGGGGAGAUGAAGGCCCGUUGCAUUCAAGAGCUCCAGGCCUUCGUCAGCGCGUUCCAGGAGAGACGCCAGAAGGUCACAUACGAGACCAUGCGGGAGUUCACUCGGCCCCGGCUAUUGGAGUACAAAGGAAAUCCGAACCCGACCCAAGCGAAGUCCGCCCCGUUGGCGGAGAAGGGGAGUGCCGGCGAUGAGAAGCCGGCGGCUAGAGAGGAUGGCAGGGGCACGAAGGGAGAGCGCAAGGCCGCGAAACUGGCCGAGAAGCUUGCAGCGAAGGAGAAAGAAAGGCUGGCUCUGCGACAGCGGACUGAUGCCGGUCAGACCGAGGCCGAGCAGACCGCGCCCGGUCCGACAGGGCCCGAGACACCUACACAGGAUCCGUAGAGGAAAAGGAAUCAAAUGGGAUGUCCACACUGAUCCCUUGUGGUGUAUUCCAUCAUGCCCUGCUCGUCGUGAAUCCGAGUAACGUGUAGCAGGACAC